AUGUCACCCAAUGUACAGGAGACGAAAGCCAGCGGGCGAAAGAGGUGCCACGGUGAAUUCGCUGCAGACAUGAUGAAGGUUGACGACGGGGGGGACGCAAAGACACCACAGCCUACUGCUAUCAGGCGAUCUGGCGACAGCUUGCUCCCCCUUCGGGCUCAAAUAGAACCUCAUUCUUCACCAGGCGGGUCAUCGCCACUCACUGAGGAAGGAAGUAGGACUCCCACCCGCGACUCUCCAUCUCCAACUACACAAACCGACACAACCUUGGACAGCAACUCUUGUGAUCAAAAAAAUCUAGACACAAUGGUGACUUCGAGCAAAGGCGCGGCAUCAAAGCGGAAACGUCUCACGGCUGAAGAAAAAGUCGCUAAAGAAAAGGAACAGGCCGAGAAGAAAAAAGAGCGCGAGGAACAAGCUGCCAAGAGAGCCGCCGAAAAAGCUAGACAAGAAGAAGAAAAAGCCGCCCGAGUCAAAGAGCGGGAGGAGAAACGCAAACAAAAGGAAGAGGAGGAUCGCCUCAAAGCCGAGCAACGGGACGAAAAGAAACGAAAGAAGGAGGAAGAACAACGCCGCAUCCAGGAAGAAAAGGACAAAAAGGCACGGAGUCAGCCGAAACUGAAUGCGUUUUUCAAGAUUCCCGAUACGCCAAAGAAGUCUGCCAACGGCAGCAACUCUGCUGUUGGAAGCCCUAUCAUGACCAACGGUGGUGAUGCGCCUGCCAAGCCAAUGGAGACCGAGUAUGAGAGGCUGUUCAAGCCCUUUUUUAUGCGGGAAAAUACUCGUCUGGCCCCUUCAGCAACGCAGAUGGACGAGGAAACUAGAGAGGCCAAGUCUCGAAUCCUCGACAAGUUUGUUGCUAGUCAACGGGACACGGACAACCAAGAGCUCCCGCGAUUCGACCCUGUAGAGGCACUACGCCUCCCGGCAAGAACUCCUAGACGCGGUCGCAUUCAUCAUCCUGUUAAGCACAUAAUGGAGACAGCUUAUAGGGAUGCUGAUAACUCGAAUAUUGUUGGCGCUUCCGGUGCAACCAGUAUAUUCCCGGAGGCUCGGCAGAAGCUGGCCAGCAUUCCUCAAAAAGUGAUUGCAUUUUCCCACGAUGUCCGACCUCCUUACUAUGGUACAAUUACAUUGAAGUCCUAUGCCUUGGGACGGGAUGCGAUGGUUAAACUUGCUCGCAAGCCUACGGGGCGACGACUCCCACUCGAUUAUGACUAUGAUUCAGAAGCUGAAUGGCAAGAGGAAGAGGGCGAAGACGUUGACAUGGAUGACGAUGAAGAAGAGCUUGAUGAUGAGGACGAUAUGGACGGUUUUCUGGAUGAUGCCGAUGAUGCCGGACUCUCCAGGCGUGUAUUUGGAAACACGAUGGAGCCCGAAUGUACGGGCGUUUGCUACGAGAAUUACCAUCGCCUGGGCCCGAACCGAACAGUAUAUGAACACAAGAUGGAAUUCAUUCAUGCAGAAGGACUGGAACAGACGUGGGGUAUCGAUCCUUUCUCAUCUCAAUAUUGGGAACCAGAGGUGAAAGCACAGCCGGCCAAGGUUUCUCAGUCAGCACCUGAAAGCACCACAGAGAUGCCACCACCCCCUGCGCCAACAAAUGCUUUUGCCGCGCUCCAUGGUGGCGCCGCAAACGUAUCAGCUCCCACGAAACUAGUGAAGGCAGAGCUACUCAAUGAUUUCAAAAGAGCAAUACUGGAUAACAAGGCACUAUCGAAGGUUGGAAUCAUCGACUUUAUAUUCCAUCAGUUUCGCAACAGCGUCUCCCGCGCCGAGGUGAAAAAUACCCUGGAGCACGUGGCUGAAAAGAAAGGAGCUGGCCGAUCAAAGGAAUGGGAUCUAAAGCCUGGUCAUGAGAUUGUGCUGUGA